AUGUUAGACCAAUGUCCGGCGGCGCCACAACCCGGGUUGUCCGCAGUGCGCGAAGAAGCUGGUCGAACAGCUGCGUCGGUGCACGCAUACGGCACAGAGUAUGGUGUAUACUCUGGCAAAAAGUCCGAGCCGACGUGGAUCACCAUUCAGUUGAGCAAGCUCGCAGGACGCGUGAAGAACAGGUCCUUCAACCAGGGCGCACGACAGUGGGUAGAAACUGAGUGGCCAGAGCUUUUGAUGGCUGGCCAGAGCCACUGGCCCAGAAAGGACAGAGGAAGUCGCGCGCGAGACCUUCAAGCCGCGGAUGAACCUUUGAGUGGCGGUGGGGACACUCACAAAGGGGGGCGGAGCGAAGGGGACGGACACGAGGCGGACAAGGUGGAGAGACAUGCGGUUGAAUCGACAAAGGACGCGAUGAGAGCAAAGGCGAAUGAGUUUAGGAAGCAGCUCAAGAAGUGUGACUACUGUAGGUCUGCGACAAGGGCAGUGAGGGAGUGUGUGGUGGACCAAGGCAGCGGGACCUGCGGGACGUGCAGAAAAGCCGGCAAGGGAUGCUACUUCCAGGGAUUGUCGCUUAAUGGGACACAGAACAAGAAGGCGGCGUCGGUCGUGAUGCCGGAUGAGGGUGUCUCGUCGACCACUAAGAAGGGAAAGCGCAAGGCAACGAGUGUCAUCCAAUCGCUCGACAACGACAGGCCCGCGGAAUUCACGGCUUCGGAUCCUGAAGGACCAACACCCGUCCAGCGCGCAACUCGAUCGCGUGCACAGCGAGACCCCUCGGCCGCAAAAAUGGGCAAGACCGUCCUGAACACAGCGACCAAGACAAGGGAGAAGAACAAUGGAAGACUGACGCAUGAGCGUCCCGACACUUCUCAGGAGGGCCCUCGUCGAAAGCGAGGAAGAUACGAUGUCGAGAAGACCUCAGAGAAGAGGCAUACGCGCGCGACGGCUGCCGCCCUCGUUGGCAAAGCCGACCAAAGGCCCUCCAGGCCGUCGGAGCGCGCAUCCGAUGGCCCCGCAGCACAUGUAGCGUCGCCGACGGCCUCGGAGGCGGCGGGCGUGGACACAAUCAGCCUGGACUGGGGCGAAGAACUGCCGGAGGGUGUCAAUGGCGCGUCAGAUAGCGAGGGCGAGGGCGCCGGUACCCUGCGGAUGAAGACCCUGUCGGAGGUGAUCAAGACGUUUGAAGUGAACAGGGCGAAGCUCGCAAAGAAGAUAGAGGAGAUGGAGGAGGACCGUAGCUGGUUGGAUGCUCAGCUGAAGGCGAACAGGGCGCGUCUGCGAGAGCUGCAGCAGGCACAGAUUGCGGAGGCGGGUCCAAGUCACUAG